AUGGCAAUUUUUGUGCCUUAUUCGCAAGACCCUUCAUUUGACUGUUGCUCUGCAUGCUUCACAAUUCGUAGAUCUACAAUCAUUUCAGUCAAAGCGCGAGGCGAUCGAGAUAUCAUGAUUAUCGAUAGGGGAGAGAACGUUAUCGGAAUAAUAAACACAAUACCAGACAAAGGGAUCACGGUUAAUGGCAUUCGGCGUCCUCCGUCAGAACGUCUGAUGAAUAGUCUGGUGGAUACUUUAAGCUUAUCCGACAGAUUGGUCGAAGGAGAUGUGGUAAAUGAAUUUUUUAUUGGUUUUGCUGAAGGAGAUUCAUCCAUGAAAGUAGCGGAUAACUUGCAUGCGCCACGACUCAACCGGGAGCGCCUACACCCCGGGCGGGCCUAUGAAACAUUAUCAAGCCUUUGUACUCCAUCACAAUUUGGCGUACGAGUUAUUCGAUUGUUUUUCGGUCGGUCGUACGUUCAGGCUCUUUUUGGUGGUGCAGCUGCGAUGGCCGAUGCUGUCGUCGUCUAUUUCUUUUCCGCUAUCAUGGAAACCCAACGACAUGGUAAAGAGGAAGAAGCGUCAAUGGAAAGUGGGCAACAGGAUAGGAUUAUAAGGAUUGGAUUAAAAGAGACGAG